GCGGGAGGACUGCCCUUCUUCAAAGGUCGCGCCUUCCCCAGAUCCGUCGCUGCACAAUCAAAAGGGAUGGUUUCUCAUCAAUCAAAUAUUCCUCAGGAACGGCUUAUCUCCUCCUCCUCCACCGCCACCUCCACCUCCUCCUCCUCCUCCUCCUCCUCCUCCUCCUCGACCUCGUCCAUCCCGUCCACCUCGUCCAUAAGAGAUCAGGCGACCGUGCUGCAUUCCAUGACAGAACUUCCAAGUGGUGAAAUAAUGCCAAAUCCGGAAACCAACCUGGUUGAGGUGAUGCGCACGCGGAGUGAUUGGGAUCCCAGUGCUGUCGACAAACAAGCAGCAGUGGCCUCCUGGUUCCCCCGAUCCCGAUCAGACGGCGUCCAAUCCGCCACCGUGGAAAGAAGAAGUAUGGAUAAGGAAAGAAAACGUACGGAUAAGGAAAGUAGAAGUGCGGAUAAGGAAAGUAGAAGUACGGAUAAGGAAAAAAGAAGUACGGAUAAGGAAAGAAGAACCACGGACCCAAAGGAUGAUAAGAGAAAGGUGGGACGUGAGGGCGAUGGUGCAGGCAAGGAAGAAAGAGAAGCAGGUGAGGAGCAAGAAGAAGAAGAGGAAGAAGAGAAAGAAGAGGGCGAAAUGAGGAGAAAGGGAGGUAAGAGGACGAGGAGGACGGAGAGGGGAGGAGGUGGAGUUGCAUGGGCUGCAGAAGGGGCUAGGGCGGCGGAUAGGCAGAAGAGGGAUGAGGGACAAGGAAGGGAACGGAAUGAGAGAAAUUGGGAGAAGGAGGUGGAAGAGGAUAUCCGAGAGGUAAUGGGCGGGAAAGAUGAAGAAGAAGAGGACGGUGAUGAUGGAUAUGCAGAAGAAGAAGACGAAGAUGAUGAUGGUGAUGAUGGUGAUGAUUAUGAUGAUGGUGAUGUCGAGGAAGAGGAGGAGGAUCAGGAGGAGGAGAAGCCAGGCAAGGCAGAAGAAACCAAUCCAAAGGAGGACGAAAACAACAAAAGGCACGUGGCAGUCGAAAAGCGCCAUGCCAAGUAUCCAUUGAACAAAGAUACGGAAAUUCAUCAACCUUCUUCUCAGAAAAGUCAACGUUCUUUUCAGGAAAUUCAACGUUUUUCACAUGACAGUCAACAUUCUUCUCAGGAAAGUCAACGUGCCUCUCAGGAAAUGAUGGAGGAUGGGACUAGUGCUAGCUCCAGUAGUAGUAGUAGUGGAAGUCCGGUUAACAGUCGUGACCGUCGUGCUGCUAGUAAUGGUACUAGUGGUAAUGGUAGCAGUAGUGGUAGUAGUGAUGGUGGUGAGGGGGGUGAUAGGAGUCGUGGUGCGAAGGAUGUACACUAUGGCGGCAAGGAGGUGGGGGUAGGGAGAAGAGCGAAUGAAGGAGUCAGGCAAGUCUAUGGGAAUCUGGAUGCUGAGAGAGAGGAGGGGGGAAAGGGGGGAGAACGUUUGGCUAAACUUGCAGGGAAGAGAUUGGGGGGCCCUGGGGGCGGGGUUGGGACUGGUGAUGAUGAAGGGAGUGGACGACAAGUCGGGGUUGGGACGGGCGGCAGUGACAUCAACCAUCAACGGGCCAUCGUUAUGAUCAGCGAAGCAUUCAGAGAUCAAGGCGUAGGAAGGGGGAGGGUAGGAGAUGAAGGAGAGGGAGGAGGUGGUUUCACGGAGGUUGUUAAAGUUGAUACAGAGGAGAAGGGGAAUGGGGAGGAGGAGGCGGAGGAGGAGGAAAAGGAGGAGGACGCAGAGGAGGAGGAGAAGAAAGAGGAGGGGAAGGAGGAGAAGGAGGGGAAGGAGGGAGGGGAGGAGGUGGAGGGGAAGGAAGAGCGAGCAAGCAAACACGACCCCAAGGAGGAGGGAGGGGGAGGGGGGGGGCGCAAUGGACCUGACCGUGACGACAUGGAGACUGCCUCGUCUGGGUCAUUCGAAGUCCAUCCUGGUGGACAGACACAUCAGCAAGGGAAGAAUGAUGAUCAGGAUCCUGAUGGUGAAGAAGACUCGGAUGCUGAGAAAAUGAAGAGGGUGGAGAACGAGGCCCUGGAGGACAGGUUUGCAGACAAGGAGCGGGCCCGCAAGGCUGCUGACAGGAUUGCUCGCCUGGGACAGCAGCGGUACAGCGGUACCCUACAGGCCUUGUUUGCUGAGUUCGAGCAGCUCACCUCCACCCCUGGGUUGGCCAUCGCACCUGAUGAUUUGCUGACCAACUUCUGCAGGGCAACGCCUGAGAAGUUUGAUGUUGCACUCUAUAGCGUUGGGCACAAGGACUGGAGGUCCUUUGGUCGUGCAGCCCUGGAAAUGGAGGCCAAGCUCCAUGUCCAGGCCCCAUCCUCUGACAGGAGGAAAGGUGCCUUCCCUAGAGGUGGCAGAAGGGGAAAGGCAGCCUUUACUCACGCGGGGUCUGCCUCAGGAUCAGAUUCCGAUUCCCAGCCUGAUGCACCUUCAGGGGGGACCGGAUCUGUUGCUGAGACAGAUGUUGCAGCAGUAGUGACUCAGGCUGUUUUGGGGGCUCUGCAGUCGCAGAGAAAGUUCUCUACCACCACAGCCUCAGCCACUACCAAGGGGAAGGAUAAGGGACGUCGGCCUUUCUCUUCCCAGCGCCCUAACCUGCCUAGAGACGUCCACAUGCCAGCUGAACCUCUCAACCCCUCCAUACUCCCCUGGCAUGACCUCAAGAUCCAGGAGGGAGUCUGGAGACGAAGAAAGGAGAGAGGGGUUUGCCUGAGCAACCGCGCACAACUCAACGAUUUGUUGGCCAAGGGUUGGAUCCGCCCAAGUAGCUCCCCGUAUGGAGCACCAGUUCUCUUCGUCAGGAAGAAGAACAAGGAUCUACGAUUGUGCAUCGACUACCGCAAGCUCAACGCGCAAACCGUCAAGAAUGCGAGGCUUCUUCCUCGCAUCGACGAUCUUCUUGAGCGACUGGGCGGUGCGAAGUAUUUUUCCAAGUUGGAUUUGAAAUCGGGAUAUCAUCAAAUCUUGAUCCAGCCGAACGAUCGCUACAAGACCGCGUUCAAGACACGGUACGGGCAUUUUGAGUGGGUGGUCAUGCCUUUUGGCCUCACCAACGCCCCGACGACCUUUCAGGCGGCUAUGACCAAUGAGUUUCGUGCAAUGCUGGACCGGUUCGUGCUGGUCUACUUAGACGAUAUUCUCGUCUAUAACCGGUCAUUGGAGGAUCAUCUGGGGCAUCUUCGACGCGUGUUGGAGACGCUCCGCCGCGCCAAGUACAAGGCCAACCGCGACAAGUGUGAGUUUGUCCGGCAAGAGCUGGAAUACUUGGGCCAUUUUGUCACACCAGAGGGCAUCAGUCCGCUAUCGGACAAGAUUCAGGCUGUCCAGGAGUGGCCGGAGCCUCGGAACGUCACGGAUGUUCGCUCGUUCCUCGUCCUCGAGCAACAUGAUGGUGUGGACUGGCACCCGGUCGAGUACUUCAGCAAGAAAAUGCCCCUCGUGCAUUCCAUUGACGAUGCACGCAAGAAGGAGCUCCUCGCCUUCGUCCACGCGCUCAAGCGGUGGCGGCACUUCCUCCUUGGUCGAAGCCAAUUUCGCUGGGUAACGGACAACAAUCCAUUGGUCUUUUACAAGAUCCAGAACACCGUCAACAGCACCAUCGCUCGAUGGAUGGCUUUCAUCGGCCAGUUCGAUUUCUUCCCCGAUCACAUUCUCGGGAAGUCGAACCGUUUUGCGGAUGCUCUUUCACGACGUCCGGAUCACUGUACUCAACCUUCGAGAUCGACGACGAUCUGCGGAACAGCUUCAUCCUUGGCUACCAAGCCGACCCCGAGUUUCGCGACAACGAUUUUGGUGCCCGGCCUUCUCGGCGACGUCACACGCUACUGCGAGUCAUGCGAGGUUUGCCGACGCUGCAAAUCCCGCAACCAUCGUCCGUACGGCGAGUUACGACCAUUGCCAGUCCCGUUGAGGCGAAGGGAAGCGAUUGCCAUGGACAUCACCGGCCCGUUCCCCAAGCACAAGACCGGAGUGGAUGGGAUUCUCACGGUGGUCGACCGACUCACCAAAUUCGCCAUGUUUUUGCCUUGUCGCUAUCAUGCCAAGGCACCRAAGUUGGCCGAGGUUCUGUACGCCGGUUGGAUUCGCACCAAGGGUUACCCCAAGGAGAUCGUCUGUGACCGCGACACUCAGUUCAUGUCCGAUUUUUGGUUGGCGCUCAUCAAGCGAUGGGACUCAUCUCUCAAGCCCAGUUCAGCUCGCCACCCUCAGAUCGAUGGCCAGACGGAGAGGGCGCAUCAGACCGCACAGGUUCUCCUUCGCACUCUCAUCCGCCCCGACCAGAAAGACUGGGUUGAGCGACUGUCGGACGUCGAGUUGGCCUACAACUCUUCCAUCCAUCCGGCUAUUGGGAUAAUGCCCUUUGAGUUCGAGCACGGCUCGCCGGUCACGUCACCGUUGGACACGAUUACUCCACGCAUGGCCGAGAGCGACGACCAUCUUCUUUUCUUGCGUCGGAUGCAAGAGCUUCUUGUCAAGGCACGUCACCAGAUGGCUAAGACGCAGCAGCGCAUGAGCCAGCAGGCGAAUCGCCAGCGUCUUCCUUGUUCAUUCCGCGCCGGGGACCUCGUCUGGGUUUCAGCAGCGGAAUUCAGCCUUGAACAAGACAUCUCUCGCAAGCUCCUUCCGAAAUGGAUGGGGCCUUGGACGAUCAUUGAGCCCGCUGGGGACGCACCUGAAGGACCUUCCUUCACGAUUCAGGUGCCUAGCCACUUGCCCGUCUACCCAGUCUUUCAUUGCUCCAAAUUGGCUCGGUAUACACCAGCGGACCAUGACGAUUUUCCCGGGAGACGGACGCAAGACCCACCUUCUAUGGACGGUUUUCAGGAGGUCGGCGAUAUCAUCUCCCAGCGAAGCUAUGGCAUCAAGCCAACUGAGUUUUUGGUGCAUUUUGCGUACUGCACACAUCGAGCUGACCGUUGGUUAACCCGUGCGGAAAUUCAAGCAACAGCUCCAGACGUUCUCGCACGCUACGAACACAAGAUGCAAGGCAAGCCGAUUUCUUGGGCUCCACGCCGCGCCCGCGUCCAGGUUCCACCUUCAGACCGACGGUUUCGCCCUCGCCCCGGCUUGACUUCAUAAGGAGGGGGGGGUGUUACAUGCAGUGCGUGCACACACGGGCCAUUUUGCAGGCCCGACGGCU